GUCAAAUAAUACUAUGGCACCUGCAAAAAAGACCCCACCUCAACAACAAAGCUCUUUGCUUUCUUUUUUCAACAAACAAAGUUCUUCUAGUCAACCAAAACCCAAACAAGAAGAAAUAGCUCAAAGCAAGCCACCCGAUUCGACAGAAGAAGAUACCAUGGAAGUAGAAACGACACCACAAAGUCGUAAAAAUAAACGUAUCAGCUAUAAAGAGUCAGACGAUAGUGACAUUGAAGAUAAAAUACAAAGCCCAGCUCCAGGAAAGAAAAGAAGGCUUGUACGACGUAUUUCAGAUGAAAGCGAUGAAGAAUUCGUACCUGCUAAAUCCACAGAUAUGGAUCAAGAAGAACUUGAAGAUAUAUUCUCUCAUGAUAUUGAAGAGGAUGACAUGAUGGUCGAACCAGAAACACCUAAAAGAGCAGCAGUAACACCCUUAAUGGAACGAUUCAAAAAAGUAUCUGUCUACGAAAAACCAUCUGUCAGUCUGAUGUCUCGCUUAAACGCCACCUCAAAAGCAGAGAAAAAGCAAGAACGUACUCAGAAAUUCAAGGAAAAGAAUGACGAGCGAUACCAUUGGCUUCAAGAUCAAAAAGAUCUGCAAGGCAAUCGUCCUGGUUCGCCCGACUAUGACCCAAGAACACUAUAUAUCCCUCCCUCUGCUUGGCAGAAAUUCACGCCUUUUGAAAAACAAUAUUGGGAAGUCAAACACAAGCAUUGGGAUACCAUCGUGUUCUUUAAAAAGGGCAAGUUUUAUGAGCUUUAUGAAAAAGAUGCCGAUAUUGGCCAUAAGGACUUUGAUCUCAAGAUGACAGACCGAGUCAACAUGCGCAUGGUGGGUGUACCUGAGAUGUCGUUUGAUUAUUGGACAGCACAGUUUAUUGCAAAGGGACACAAGGUAGCCAAAGUCGAUCAAAUGGAAACAGCCAUUGGUAAAUCCAUGCGCGAAAAAUCAGGCAAUAAGGCAGAUAAAGUCAUUCGUCGUGAAUUGACUUCUGUCUUGACAGCUGGCACUUUGGUAGAUGCUGGCUUGCUUACAAAUGAACUCAGUACAUACUGUAUGUCUAUCAAGGAAUACUGUGCAGACGAAGCCGUGCCUCCUCAGUUUGGUAUCUGUUUUGUCGAUACUUCCACCGCUCAAUUCAACUUGGUUCAUUUUGAAGAUGAUAUUCAGCGUACUAAACUGGAAACAUUGAUCAUGCAGAUCAAGCCUCGCGAAUUGGUUACCGAAAAGGGCAGAUUGUCCAAGAUGACGACUCGUUUACUCAAGUCGAUUCUAAAUGAUCCUCUUUGGAACAUGUUGAUUCCUGAACAAGAGUUCUGGGAUGCGCGUGUCACAGAGGAUGAAUUAAACUUUAGUGCUUAUUUUGAUGAAAAAGACAGUCCUCAAGGUCUAGUGGAAGCCAUGAAAGAAGCAAGACAAAACCCUUUACUCAUGUCUGCCUUCGGUGCAUUGAUCUGGUACCUUCGCUCUCUUAAAUUGGACAGAGAAUUACUUUCAGCUAAAAACAUGGUGCCCUAUGACCCUAUUCAAAACGCAACCUCCUUGGUCUUGGAUGGUCAAACCUUGGCUAAUCUCGAAAUCUUUCAAAAUUCUUAUGAUGGUAGCACAGAAGGCACUGUGUUUAAACUGCUGGCAAACAGUAUCACACCCUUUGGUAAACGUCUGUUUAAACAAUGGUUGUGUCACCCAUUGCGAAACAUUCAUGAUAUCAACCAACGUUUAGACGCCAUUGAGGAUGCUAUGAACUUGAGCUUGCAUGAUCGUGUGUCUAAACCUUUGGCUUCCUUGCCUGAUUUAGAGCGCCUUAUUUCUCGCAUUCAUUCGGGUCGUGUCAAAGUAAAAGAAUUCUUGUCAACCCUGCAAGGGUUUGAGGUCACACAGGAGAUUGUAGAUGGACUCAGAGACGAUCGUUCUCGAUUCAAAUCUUCCUUGUUAAUCCAACUGAUGGACAAGUUUCCUCAGAUCCAAGAGAGUCUUGAGCAACUAAAGCGCUUAUUUGUGAUAGCUGAUGUAGAUGUAGACUAUCAAAAGACAAAGACCAUCGUGCCUACAAAAGGUACCAACCAAGACUGGGAUGAUUUAGAACAACACAUUGCAGAUAUUCAACAACAAUUUGCUGAUCAUUUAACCGUUGUUAAAAGACAACUCAAAUGUGCUCGUAUAGAAUAUAAAGAUUUGGGUAAAGAUAUUUAUCAAAUAGAAGUACCUAAAGGGGUUUCUGUUCCUAAAGAUUGGAUCCAACUUUCCACUACAAGUAAAGCAACUCGAUACUGGGACAGUACUGUCAAGGGACUUGUGACUACUUAUAAGGAACUAUUAGAGACCAAGAAUGAGUUUGUCAAGAAAUUUGCUUUACAAGUCUAUCGUACCUUUGAUGCAUCUUACGCUACAUGGCUCUCUGCAGUUCAGAUCAUUGCUCACUUGGAUGGCCUGUUAGGUCUUGCCAAGGGGUCUAUGCAAAUGGGAGAACCCGUAUGUCGUCCUGUGUUUGUGGAACAAGAAUCAUCCCUGAUUGAGUUCAAGGACCUUCGUCACCCUUGUGUCAUCCCUGGUGUAGCUACUGAUUUCAUUCCGAAUGAUGUUGGACUUGGAGGAGAUGAAUCCAGUGUGAUUGUGCUCACAGGUCCUAACAUGGGCGGUAAAUCAACACUGCUUCGACAGACGUGUGUGGCCAUCAUUUUGGCUCAAUUGGGUGGGUAUGUCCCAGCAUCUUCAUGCCGCAUGACGCCUUGUGAUCGUAUCUAUACUCGUAUUGGUGCAAACGAUAACAUCAUGGGUGGACAAUCGACAUUUAUGGUUGAGCUUGCAGAGACAAGCAAGAUUCUGAAAGAAGCAACCCCUCGCUCCAUGGUCAUUUUGGAUGAAUUGGGACGUGGUACUUCUACCUUUGAUGGUUAUGCCAUUGCUUAUGGUGUGCUGCACUAUUUGGCUACACAUGUAGGGUGUCUGGGUAUGUUUGCAACGCAUUAUCAAACACUCUGUAAAGAAUUUGAACGAUCUCCCGAGAUUAAGAAUAUGCAUAUGUAAGUCACAUUAUAGUGAUCUAUGACUUAUUUGUGUAUUAGGGGUUAUAUCAUGGACGAUGAUGAACAUAAUGUGACAUUCUUGUAUAAGCUGACAGAAGGCAUUUGUGAGAAAUCAUUCGGUAUGAAUGUGGCUACCAUGGCUGGUAUUCCAGAAGAAGUUGUCAAGAGAGCAACAUCAGUGGCAGAAGAAGUUGAAGUGACACACCGCCUUAAAGAUACCACUUAUGCUAUGGCUGUGGAUAACCAAGUCAAUCUGACUCCUGCUGUGGUUGCUGACCUGAGUUAUCUGUUUUCCCACAAGAGAUCAAAAACAGUGCAUCAACGUAUCCUCCAAAGCUUUCACAAACUGCUUCAUGCAAAGUGACUGUGGAUCACUCGAUAUGACUAAUUCAAGAUUGCACUUGUCCAAAAAUCGAAUC